AUGCAGCAGCUCACUACACCUUUGCUUCCGCUCCUCGACGCGGCGAGCGUCAAGGAUAGCACCCUCCUUGACGCUGUUGCCCGCAUCGCACCCGUUCUUGUUCCCCAAGACCUCGUCUCGUCGCUUCCCGUCAACAUCGCAUACCUCGUCCUUGCAGAGCCAUCACUCAGCUACGACGCUGCUGCCGAUCUCCUCGAUGCAGGCGCAGAGGCUAUCGUCACUCCCGACACGCAGCUGAUCCAGCAGUUUGACGCUUCCGUCGCCUCGACCCGUUUCAUCUACCUUUCCGCCUCGGGUGCCGCUCCCGUCCCCGAAGUGCUCAAGUCGGUAGCAGGUGCCGUACUCACCCUUCCCACCGCAUCCGCCAUCGCUUCAUCGUCACAGCUCAUCAAGACUACCGCAGAUCUGCUUCAGACGAAAACCUCCGGCAAGUCGCUUUUCGUUCUGGCCACUUCGGGUGCUCCCUCUGUACAGGACGUCAAGGCUGUCGCUCAGCUUACUGCCAGCCUCAUCGCACCUUCCUCGGUUCUUUCCGUCUCCGCAGAAGAGGGCCAGCAGCAGCAGGGAAAGCUCGAUAUUGUCGAUGCGUUCGUCGCUCCCUUGACCUCGGACCGCACCGAUGGCCUCUUUGCUACCACCGUCGUCUCGGCCGCCUGCUCCACCUCGCUCGGUCUCGUCUACUCGUCUCCCUUGUCCAUUCGCAAGUCGAUCGCCACCGGUUCCGCUCACUACCAGUCCCGCAACAGAGGCCUAUGGCACAAGGGAGAGUCGAGCGGUGCCACCCAGCAAGUCGUCAGCAUCCGACAGGACUGCGACUCGGACGCUAUCCAGUUCGCCGUUCGUCAGUCUCGUGGCACCUCGGCAUCCGGGUUCUGCCACCUUCAGAAUCGCGAGGGAUGCUUCUCCUCCGCCACCGGUCUCGCAAAGCUCGAAGCCACACUCAAGCAGCGCAAGCAAUCGGCUCCCGCCGGCAGCUACACCGCUCGCCUCUUCAAUGAUGCGUCCCUCUUGGGCGCCAAGCUGCGCGAGGAAGCCGCCGAGUUGGCCGACGCCAAGAACGACGACAAGACCCACGUCGCUUUCGAGGCUGCCGAUCUCAUCUACUUUGCACUCACGAAGUGCGUUUCCGCCGGCAUCGGGCUGGAGGAGAUCGAGGCUUCGUUGGAUGCCAAGUCCAAGAAGGUCUCGCGUCGCAAGGGUGAUGCCAAACCUACCUUCGCCCAGCAGCAGAAGGCCGCCGAAACCAAGGCUGCUCCCGCCCCUGCUCCUGUCCCCGUCAAGGACGCAUCUGCACCCAUCAAGAUCCAAUCCUACCGCUACGAGGAUCUCUCAGCUAUUCAGCGCAAAGAGCUGCUCAAGCGACCCGCUCUCCGCACCGAGCAGGUCAUGGAGAUCUGCCGCCCUAUCCUUCGCUCUGUCAAGGAGCGCGGCGACGCCGCUCUGCUCGAACUCACCGAGAAGUUUGACAAGGCCAAACUCACCAACCCCGUCCGUCUCCCACCAUUCGUCGACGACUCGGUCAUGGCCAAGAUCAAGCCCGAAGUCAAAGUCGCCAUCGACAUUGCCUACGACAACAUUUACAAGUUCCACAAGGCUCAAAAGACCACCUUCGGCAACAAAAAAGCCCAGGAGACCGGAGCUGCCGGCACCGUUGAUGGCAUCGAGGAACCCGAAGAUGGUGUGCUCGAGGUCGAAACCAUGCCAGGUGUCGUUUGCCGACGUUUUGCACGACCUAUCGAAUCGGUUGGAUUGUACGUUCCUGGUGGAUCGGCAGUGUUGCCUUCCACAGCGUUGAUGUUGGGCGUACCUGCUCAAGUGGCACGCUGCCCGACGGUGGUGAUUGCCACCCCACCGAGACCGGACGGAAGCAUCUCGCCCGAGGUGCUGUACUGCGCAUCCAAGGUCAACGCCACCGCCAUCCUUUGUGCUGGUGGAGCACAGGCAGUCGCCGGUCUUGCCUACGGCACGGAGUCCUGUCCCAAGGUGGACAAGAUCGUCGGUCCAGGAAACCAGUUUGUCACAGCAGCCAAGAUGCUCGUUCAGAACGAGACCGACGCCAUCGUAUCCAUUGACAUGCCAGCCGGACCAUCCGAAGUUCUCGUCAUCGCCGACGGCAAAGCUGACCCUGCAUUCGUGGCAUCCGAUCUGCUCUCGCAAGCCGAGCACGGUCCGGACUCGCAAGUCGUACUGGUCGGAAUCGCACUCACUCCCGCCCAACUCGAUGCCAUCGAAUCCGAGGUCGACAAGCAAGCCCGCGCGCUCCCUCGCGUCGACGUCGUCCGUCAAGCCAUCGACAAAUCCGUCACAGUCAUCGUCCCCGAUCGCACCACCGCUAUGUCCUGGUCCAACGCCUACGCACCCGAACACCUCAUCCUCCAAACCCAGUCCCCCGAGGAACUCGUCAAGCUCGUCCAAAAUGCAGGGUCUGUGUUUGUCGGCAGUUGGUCGCCCGAGUCGUGCGGAGACUACAUGUCCGGUACAAACCACUCCCUACCCACCGCAGCCUACGCCAAGAGCUACUCCGGUGUCAACGUGGGCACGUUUGAAAAGUGCAUCACUUCGCAGAGUCUUACCAAGCAAGGGCUGAAGGGUUUCGGUCAGAACGUUAUCGAUUUGGCAAUGUGUGAGGGUCUCCAGGCUCACGCUAUGGCGGUAAAGAUCAGGUUGGACAGGAUGGCUCAGCAGGUGGUGUAG